AUGGCGCCGAGCCGCCUCCUAUUUCUGGUCGCCCUGCUCGCGUGCGUGACGGCGGCAGCGGCGAAGUACGAUGCAUCGUUCGACCAGCAAAUGACGAUGCCCGACUUUUGCAAGUGGGACGGCGGCUGCUCUCGCCAGUCGGACGGCGCUGUGAAGCUCACCGCCUACUCGAAUAAGAUGGGCAAGUUCAGCUCCAAGGGCUACUUCGGGUACGGCAUUUUCCGCGUCAACAUGAAGCUCCCUUCGGGCUACUCCGGCGGUUUGAUCCCCUGCCUCUACCUCAUCUCGGGCAACAACCCGAAAUACACCGACCCGCACGACGAAAUCGACCUGGAAUUUAUUGGGGGAAAUACCCCCAAGGAUAUUAUUCUGCACACGAAUCUGAUCACGGGCGGGCAGGUGUACCUGCAGCAGUACAAGUUCCCCUUCGAUCCGUCGGCCGCGUUCCACACCUACACCAUCGUCUACUCGCCAGAUUACGUCAUGUGGUCUGUCGAUGACACGCCGAUUCGCAUACACUGGAAGGAGAGCGGCCGCCCCUUCCCGUCGCAGAACGUCAAGUUCGAGGGCUCGAUCUGGGACGCGUCGUCGUGGAGCCAGCUGAAGCCCAACUGGGGCAACGGGCCCAAGGAGGUGAUUUUCCGCCGCUUCGACGUGCGCCGCACGUGCAAGGCGUCGGGGCAGACGGGCACCCCGUGGUGCAACAGCCUCAAGGGCAACAAGGCCCCCUGGACGCUCAAGCCCAGCGCGGCCGCUAUUGCACGCAGCAACGAGUUCCGGAAGAACUACCUGGUGAAGGACUACGGCUGGUCGAAGAUAUAA